AUGAGCAGAGUAGUAUUUGGAGUGUCACCCAGCCCUUUCUUGUUAGCUGCAACAAUCAGAAAACAUAUCAAGCAGUAUGAAACAGAGCAGCCCAAGACAGUGGAGGCGCUGAGGGAGUGUCUUUAUGUAGAUGAUUUCAUUGCCAGCGCAAGUAAUGUGGAUGAAGCACUUUCAGUCACUACAAAGGCAAAAGAGAUUCUGUCCCAUGCUGGCAUGAACCUAUGCAAAUGGAUAACUAAUUCACCAGAACUGAGAGCUAAGUGGACAGAAGGUGGAAUGGAGCACACAACAGAAACAGCCACUUGUGGAAAUGUACUGAAGGUGUUGGGACUAGUAUGGAGAUCAGAGAAGGAUGACUUUGUGUUUGACCUAAAGGGACUGCUAGACAUUAUGAAAGGCAAGGAAAACACAAAGAGAAAUGUACUACAGACAUCAGCUCGUGUCUUUGACCCAAUCGGGUUUCUCACCCCCUUCACCAUCAGAGCCAAGUGCCUGUUCCAGGAACUGUGGGAGAGGGGAGUUGGUUGGGAUGAUCAGCUGCCUUCAGACCUGGCUGAAAAAUGGGACCGGUGGUGUGCAGAGUUGCCGCAGCUCCACCAGCUGGACAUACCAAGAUGGUACCAAAUAGACAUUAACCCAGACUCACAGACUGUCAAGCUACACGUUUUCUGUGAUGCCAGCGAAAGGGCGUACAGUGCUGUUGCCUAUUUGCAAGGAGAGAACAAAGAAAAGGAGAUUGUGACAAGUUUUGUGGCAUCCAAGUCAAAGGUAGCCCCCUUAAAGAAAAUGACAUUACCACGCUUGGAACUUAUGGGAGCACUGAUUGGAGCAAGGCUAGGUAAUAAUCUUCUCAAGCCACUCAACAUGAAAAUAAAUCAGUUAAACAUGUGGACAGACUCAAUGAUUGUUCUUCACUGGAUACGCAGCACAGCACAAAGGUGGAAGCCGUUUGUGGCCAACAGAGUGGCUGAGAUACAAGGUCUCACAAAUCCUGAACUGUGGUCUCACUGCAAUGGCAAAAACAAUCCUGCUGACUUGCCCACCAGAGGGCAGAGUGUAGAGAACCUCCUGCAAAGCCAGUUAUGGUGGAGUGGACCCAUCUCACUGUCAUCUGCAGAAGAAGUAGAAAGCAUUGAUGAGGACUGCAUUGCAGAUGAGGUAAGCAGGGAGCUUAGGUCUAAGUUUCAGACAGUAGUACAGCUUAGCACCGUUGAGCAGGCUGAGCCAUUGUUAGACCUAGGAAAAUACAGCAGGUUGAAAACAGUACUGAGAAUAACUGCAUGGGUGCGAAGGUUCAUAACUAAUGCCCGCUCCUCUCCAAGAACUCAAGGAGAGUUAACUACUGAGGAGCUCACUGCAGCAGAAGUGUACUGGGUAAAAGUGACACAAAACCAGAGUUUCAGUCAAGAAAUCUGUCAGCUGAAGUCUGGAAGAGAUAUCAAGAAAGACUCAAAAAUCAGAGACUUGAAGCCGUUUUUUUGAUGAAAAUGGC